GCCGGCAUGCCACCCUCCAGCUGGGCGGGCGUCGUGCAGCCUCGACCCAGCGGCGCGGGCACUGCGCCGCGUCCCCCUGCCACGGCUGGUGCCGGUGCUGCCAUCUCUGGGGGACCAGGCAUACCUUCGAUGCCGGGAGCGCCGCCGGGCAUCGCUGGCGUCAACACGCCGAUGCGCUCGCCAGCUGCACCGACCAGCUCGUACGCCAGCCUGGCUGCCGGCCGGCCGGCGGUGCCCGGCUCGGUCUCGCCGCAGCCGCCGCCGUCCCGCCCCGCCGCGCCGCCUAUUGGCCAACCGGCGGCCGCGCCGCCCAGAAUGGCUCCUCCCCCCGUUGCUGGCGGCCAAUCCGGAGCCGGCCCUCAGAUGACGGCCCCUCCGAUGACUGGUGGAAUUCAGCCAGGCUUUGCGCCGCCCAGGCCAGGACCCCCUUUUGGUGGUGUCGGCCAGUCGGGAAUGGGUCCCCCGAUGAUGGCUCCUCCCAUGGGCGGUAUGAGGCAGCCAGGAUCUGCACCUCCGAUGAUGGGACUACCUAUGGGCGGAAUGAGCCAAGCUGGAUCAGCGUCUCCAAUGAUGGCCCCAGUCAUGGGUAGCGUGAGCCAGACCGGAUCAACGCCUGCAAUGAUGGCUCCGCCCAUGGGUAAUGCCAGCCAAUCAGGAUCGGCAGCACCGAUUAUGGCUCCGCCCAUGGGCGGGGUCAGCCAAUCAGGAUCGGCGCCACCGAUGAUGGCUCCGCCCAUGGGCGGUGUCAGCCAGUCGGGAUCGGCGCCACCGAUGAUGGCUCCGCCCAUGGGCGGUGUGAGCCAGUCAGGAUCGGCGCCACCGAUGAUGGCUCCGCCCAUGGGCAAUGCCAGCCAAUCAGCGCCUCCACCGAUGUAUAACGGGUCAAUGAACGGAGGUCUAGCUGCAACGGGAGCUGCCACAUUGUCAGCACAGAGAAGAUACCCGCAGCAGGUCAGUUUACCUCCGUGAUGUCGGUCAUGCGUUUCUUUUGUAGGACUCGAGUCUUGGAAUUGGCCGGUUUACAUUGAGUGCAAUGUGAUUUGGAUAUCUUGCCAAUUUGUCUCGGAGCACGUGUCAAACUUCCCCUUUUCUGAGGGCGGAUAGGACCAAACAUCAUGCAUUUGUGUCACUUGAC